AAUGUAUAGGCUAAUAUUGCAUAUGUUAUAAAUUACAUUUUAACACAGACACACACACACAAACGCACACACACACACACACAAGAGGCCUACUGACAAUCACGUGAUUUAAAAGAAAUCCAAAAGCGAAAGCACCAGCACCUGAGUGCGUGCGUGUGCCCGUGAACGUGCCUAUCCAUGUGUUCGGCUUUUGUGCGGGCGCGUGUCAAUGAAACCGUCAUUGUGGAGCAUGUAACAACCAGUAACAACAAGUAGUUAAGUGUGUUAAAGUCUAACGGAUGACCAUCCUGCGGUUUUAGAGAGCAGCCCCGCCCCCCACAUUUCAAACCGAAAGUAAAACUGUUUCUCCACAAAGAGCUGCGACCUCCCGGCAGGGACAUGCCGAUUGAAGCUCACUGCUGCCCGGACUCCACACGGCUCUGACGCUCAGUCACUGCAGGAAGCUAAUCAAGUUAUUCGAUGACAGAUGGCUGUGCCUCUGUUCCCCUGUAACACUUUGAGACAAUGUUUUUAAAACCUGGAUUAAAGCAACAGGGAGUCUGAGAGAGAACGGAGAGGCAGAUGACCGACCAGAAAGGAGUCAGGGAUGGAGGAUCUGCCAGUUACGAAAAGAGAAACUCGUGCAACAGGUGUUCAAAAGGAGGAUUCUCCUUUGUAGGAUGGUCAGAGACAAUCUUGAUAGGAAAGUAGUACAGAGCAGAAAACAGAACCACGCAGCAGACACGCAGAACCAAAGCCAACCCCCCGAGGAACCUGCAGCCCCCGAGGAACCUGCAGCCCCAGAACGAGCCCGGAGCCCCGAGAGAGUUCAACCCGAGAGCCAAGAGCCGACCGAGAGGCAGCUCGAUUUACUGCUCUGGCAAAAACUCAACUCAAAUGGAGAACCAGGAAGCUUGUGCCAGCCACUCCCUGGAGCGGAUGCUGAGAGCUUGCCCUCACACCUCCGUCCAUUCAGCAGCGCAGCAGAGUACAGAUUAGUCAAACACACCUACCAGCAGCUCCGACACAGCGGCUACUACUGGGGAUCAAUGCCCAUGGAGGAGGCACACGCAAUACUCACACGGGCCCCACUCGGUACCUUCCUCAUCAGCGGCCAGACGGAUGUUUUCUUUACUCUCAGCUACAAAAGUGACGACGGCCCGACGAGUGUCCGUGUCCAGCUGAACCACCUGAUGUUCAGUCUCUACGGCAGCACCAGGACUUUUGAUUCAUUCUUUGCUCUGCUCACUUUUUACACCGGCUCAUCCUGUAAACUGACCUUUCCUUAUCGUAAGCAGCGUCCGGAGCACCUGACGCAGAUGUGCAGGAGGGCUGUGAUAGGCUUAUAUGGAGUAAAACAUUUAAGCACCUUACCGGGACUCAGUCCACAACUUAAAAACUAUGUUCUGUCGUACCCCUGUUGUAUAUAGAUGAUGUUUAUGUUGUAAGGUAAACAAAUAUUCUGUAUUUGUGUUAUUUUCAAUUUGAUAAAUAAGACAAAUACAGCCUAAGUAUUUUAUCUGCAAAUUGUUAAAAGGUUAUUUGCACACAUUUUCAUUUAUGCAUUUUACAAUGUACUAGUAGUUCAUAUUUUUUCAAGUUUUUCCUCAUUUACAUUCAACAAAUCCUGUGUAAAGGGCCGUCCACACAAAGAACAAUAUCUAUUACAAUAACUAUUUAUAUCCUGUAUUAAAAAAUCAAACAAUGUGCCGCCGUAUAGCUUAGUUGGUAGAGUUGGCCCCCUGUGGAGGACCCAGGUUCAAAGUCCAUUUCGCUUAUCAACGCUUGUGUGUCUCAAACAUAACUUGAAAUAUAUUAUUUUUUAUUUAACAAGAGCAAGAAGGAAAUUCAAGUACUUGAAUCUGUCAUUUCUGAACAGGAAAAAAAACUGAAGAUGUGAUGAUUAUGUAGCUCGUUAUGUAGAUGCAGGUUAUUUGUGAAUAAGUAGGCCUCAUAUAUCUUGUUAACAUAAUGGCAUGCUUUUUUACCUCAAAGUAAGCUUUGCGUUACUGUUAUCGAGAAUGUUAUCGUUGAUCAGUGCAGAUGCUCGCAUCGUUGUUUUAUAGUUGUAGUUGUGGUUGUUGUUGUGGCUGGCCUAAACUGCUUCAAUGAUACACCAGUUGUAACAUCCAUAAAAAUGUACAAGUGCUUGUGCUUCUGUUUAAAGCUACAUUAAUUGAUGUUUGGCCACUAGGGGGCAAAAAACAUCAAUAGAAGCCAACAUGUUACCAUCGUAAUAUGUUAUGGCUGAACAAUUAGCAAACCGUUAUUUGCUAACAGCCCCCUGAGGACUAAGAUGUUAACAACUUCUCUUUUUCAACUUGAUUUGAACAGAAGCCACGAGCCGCCAUGAUUGCAAUUAUGCUUUUUAAUCCUGUUAUCUCGCAGUUGUGAGUCAAUUAUCUCGUUAUGUCAGGACAAAGGAGUAUUUUUCUUUUCAUAAUGUGUUAAUUAUCUCAUUAUCUUAGGAAAAUAACAAGUAGGUUUCUCUCGAUAAUUGGACACAUAGGAAGCAAUAGAGUUUUUUUGGAAGUUAUUGAUGAAUCACAAAAUUAAAGUAUAUAACGUAGCCCAUCUUCUAAUCGGGCUAAUUUGCACGUUUAAUAUAGUAGACAGUAAACAAUAUCAGCUGGGUUACGUCUUCUGAAUAUCAUUUAUGUUAUACAGGCAACUUUUUGAUCCCAUUUAGUAUCCAGCAACUCCUAAAUAGUAUCUGUGUUUUUGCUAACUUUUUACUAGUGAGUUACUGGCUUCUAAGUUGGUGUUAAUGAGAGCACCAGAGACUCAAUAAGAAAGUAAGUCAAACAGAAACAAUCUGCUAUAAUACCUCAUU